AAGACACAUCAUCACUGCUUACGACUCUUCUCGUAUUUGUUUUUUUCUUCUUCUUCACAUCAAUCACAGAAUAGACCCUCGCUGCACCCCCGUCUCCCGUACGACUCGCUCGUGAGGAACGUACAAGUACGCGCGUCGUGCAUAUUUGUGGCGCCCCUGCCAUUUUAAGGGUCCCCCCUGCCCCUGCCUUCACCUGCCACAGUCAGGCUCGAUCUUCAGCCUCUUCUCAUUGCAUCGCACUUCAUCACACUGUCGAGCUCCCGAUUGACGGUCACUAUCUUUCAUUGCUGCUCGCUCGCAUUGCAUCUCUUUCUCUAUCUCGUUCACUCACUUGGAACCCCAAACAUCAAACCCCGCACCGUCAGCCCUCGUACCAUUCAUCAGGGCCAAAUCCCGCGAUCAAACCUGACCACCAAGCCUGACCACCAUGGCGCCUCUGGUGCAUCCCGCCUGGGCUGCCGCAGGGUCAGUGGCCCGCGACCUGCUCGCCGCCGCCGCAUCCCAAGACGCCGCCGCCGGCGCGCCGUCGCCGCACUACAACACGUACGCCCGGCGCGACCUCUCGACGAACCACACGCAGCGCGUGACCCUCGGCGUCAUCGCCGCCUACACGGUCAUCAUCGCGCUGCUGUGGAACAUUCCCUACGUCAGCUACAUCCUCUGGCCGCUUAAGAUGCUGACCAUCGCCUUCCACGAGUUCGGCCACGCCUUCGCCGCCGUCUGCACCGGCGGCAAGGUCGUCGGCAUCACCCUCGACCCGCGCGAGGGCGGCGAGACGAGGAUGCUCGGCGGCAAGAGCAGCAUCACCCUGCCCGCCGGCUACCUGGGCUCCUCGCUCAUCGGCGCCCUGCUCAUCUUCUGCGGCUUCCACGUCAACGCCAGCAAGGUCGCGAGCAUCGUCCUCGGCGUCUGCUUCCUGCUGACCCUGUGGUGGGGCAAGCGGGACUGGCUGACCAUCCUGACCGUUCUCUUUGCCGUCGCCGUUCUCGUCGGCAGCUGGUUCAUCUCGCACUCGCACGGCCUGCGCUUUGUCGUGCUCUUCAUCGGCGUCAUGUCGUCGCUGUACUCGGCCUGGGACAUUUGCGACGACCUCAUCAUGCGCAAGGUCAACAGCUCCGACGCCAGCGUCUUUGCUCGUCGCUACGGCGGUUCAUCGCAGUGCUGGGGCGUCAUCUGGGUCAUCAUCAGUCUGUGUUUCAUGGCCGCUGCCAUGGUCGCCGGCAUCGCCGCAUUUCCUCAGUCGUUUGAGCAGCAGGACCGCGAUUCGAAGGCGUUCCUGCCGACGAGGUGA